GUUGACCACUUUGGGUUUUUUGACACAAGAACUUUUAAACAGCGGUACCUAAUAUCUGAUAAGCAUUGGAAGUCAAAUGGUGGAUCAAUACUUUUCUACACUGGUAAUGAAGGGGACAUUGUCUGGUUUUCCAAUAACACGGGGUUCAUGUGGGAUGUGGCUGAGGAGCUGAAAGCUUUGCUGGUGUUUGCUGAGCAUCGGUACUAUGGGGAGUCCCUUCCCUUCGGUGAGGACUCAUUCAAGGAUUCCCAACACCUGAAUUUUCUGACAUCGGAGCAGGCUCUGGCUGAUUUUGCAGAGUUAAUCAUACACUUGAAAAGAACAAUUCCAGGAGCUGAAAGUCAACCUGUCAUUGCCAUUGGGGGCUCUUAUGGUGGCAUGCUUGCAGCCUGGUUCAGGAUGAAAUAUCCUCAUAUAGUAGUCGG